AUGACGACCAAUGGUGGACAGGCGUCAUUUUUCGACGGUUCUUCCACAGUACCGUUAUGGAUUGAUGGCAAAGAAGUGAUCAGCUCAUCCACUUUUGAGGUCACUUCGGCCGUUACUCACCAGACUCUGUAUCGGGCGUCAUCAGCUGGAGAAGAAGAGAUUAAAACGGCAGUCAACUCUGCACAAACAGCCUUCAAGACGUGGUCCUUGACCAAACCUGCUGUGCGAAGAGACAUUUUCCUCCAGGCCGCCAAAGAAUUCGAAAAAAGGCGAGAUGAACUAAAACGCUAUAGCUACAAUGAGACCGGCCAAUCACCAGCAUUUUUUGGAUUCGAAUACAGUGCAGCCAUCGACAUCUGUGUGAGUAUAGCGGGACUUAUUCAAGUGGCCAGCGAGUCAGUCGCUCCUGUUGUCAACGAAGGCAGUGCCCUGCUGCUCAAAGAGCCCUGGGGCGUUGUUCUUGCGAUCGCCCCGUGGAAUGCGCCCCACGUACUCGGCGUGAGGGCCAUCCUUACACCACUUGCAAUGGGUAAUACCGUUAUAUUUAAGGGACCAGAAGCAGCACCGGCGACGUCCUGGGCGAUUGCAGACGUAUUUCGUUCGGCAGGCCUGCCCGCCGGAUGUUUGAAUACCAUUUAUCACAAGCCUUUAGAUGCCGCGUCCGUCACAUCAGCAUUGAUCUCGAAUCCUGCCGUUAAGAAGAUCAACUUCACGGGCUCGACUCGUGUGGGUUCUAUUAUUGCUUCCCUUGCUGGCAAACACCUCAAACCCACGGUGCUCGAGCUUGGUGGCAAAGCUCCAGCUAUAAUCUGCGAAGAUGCUGAUAUCGAGAAAGCCGCAACACAAUGUGCUCUAGGAGCAUUCCUUCAUGCGGGCCAGAUCUGUAUGUCAACUGAGCGAAUCCUUGUGAAUGCGAAGGUGGUAAAACCGUUUCGUGAAGCAUUCAAAGCGGCACUGAGUAAGAUCUAUUCUGAGCAGGGACAGGGUACCGCUGGCCAGUUGUUCUCGAAAUUGCCCGUGGAACACAACGAAAACUUGGUUGUAGAUGCGAUAUCGAAAGGCGCUACCGCUUUAUACGGUGACCCUGAACAUCGCGAAUCGAGCAAGACAAAAAUGCGGCCUGUUGUCCUUGAAUCCGUUAAGCCAACGAUGGACAUCUACUAUACUGAGUCAUUUGGUCCUACAGUGUCAGUUAUUGUUGUUCGAUCCGAUGAAGAGGCUAUCUCGGUUGCUAACGACACUACCUAUGGUCUUUCUUCUGCCAUCUUUACUGAGGACUUGCGACGUGGCCUUCGCAUCGCGAGACAGAUCGAAAGUGGCGCAGUACAUAUCAAUUCUAUGACAGUGCAUGACGAAAGCUCACUACCACAUGGAGGAUAUAAACAAUCUGGAUUCGGCAGGUUCAACAGUUUGGACGGCUUGAAAGAAUGGGUUCACACUAAAACUAUAACAUGGAAAGACUGA